AAAAGCAAAAGUUGCAGCAACAACGAUAACACUCCAAACAAAAUGGCCGAUCUACCAUCACGCAGUGUAGCUUUGACUAUCGUGGAGUCUGGCUUUAUGAUUGCACUGAACAUUUUUUCGCUGGGAGGCAACAUCAUGGUGUGUAUAGCCGUGUACAGGAAUACAAGACUACGUUCUACCACUAACAUUUACAUCAUAGCGUUGGCUAUCAGCGAUCUUUUGAGCGCCAUUUUCGUCAUGCCGUUUGCAGCCGGAGUGCUCAUUUCAGGAAGAUGGCCCUUUGGUAAAUUACUUUGCCAGGUAAAUGCCUUUUUCAGCCUAUUUGUUGUGUACGUUUCACCUGUGACGAUGGGUUUAACAGCAGUUAACAGAUACAUGAGAAUAUGCAAGUCAGAUAUGGAGUAUAAACGGUUCUUCUCCCCAAUAAAAUCCCGCCUCUUGCUGACCUUUGUAUGGGGCUUAAUUGCUGGUUACAUCCUGUUUUCUCGCUUGGCUGGUCUACAAGGCUUUCAAUUUGUACCAGAGUAUGCCGCGUGCUUGAACCAACAUCUGGCUGCAUCUAGCAAAAUACUUCAUUAUUUUGUGGUCUUUGGCUUGUUUUUCCUUUUUCCCCUAGCGGUGACGAUUUUCAGCAACCGAAAAGUCUCCAGAAAGAUCCAGGAACACAACAUCAAUUUAGCGAUGACCCAUCAAAGUCAAAGACGGGAUGCCCAUUUCAGCGCACAUGAAAUUCGAAUAAGCAAGUCAUUAUUCGUCGUAGUAUUUGCCUUCAUGUUAUGCUGGGUUCCUACUUGGUUGAUUACCAUCCUGGUACGCUUUUUGGGAAAAGUACCUCGCAAUGUUCAACUGCUAUGCGCUUUCUUCGUAAAUUUGUCAAACGCUAUUAAUCCUCUCAUUUACGCCGGAAUGAAUCCGUUGUUUAGGUUAGAGUUCACAAGAAUACUCCACUGUGCAUACUGCAAUAAAAUUCGCAAUGAAUCGGGCUCGAACACCGAUUAA